AUGCAGCCAAUGCUUGUGACGGCCUUUGCCGGCGGCUUAGCCGACGGUAUUAGCUGUGCGUUUAGUGGUAUAUUUGGUGGUCGAGCUUGCCAGAGGGAUCCACCACCACAACAAGUAAUAGUACAGCAACAACAAGUGGUACCAGUAGUAUAUGAUCCAUAUGGUCCUCAAGUUUAUCCAGGCGAAGUAGUUUAUCCAGGCGGAGUUUAUCCAGCAGGUUAUCCUACUGAUCAUAAAUAUGGUUUUGUAGUUUUUCCAGCUGAUCAUCAAGUGGUUGUUGCUUGUGAAGGGCAAGAUGGGACGGCGGCUCUUAAGUUGGACAUGACCAAGGCUUAUGAUAGGGUCGAAUGGUGCUUUUUGGAAAGUGUGAUGUUAAAGUUUGGGUUCAAGAUAGCUCGAAUAAUGCAAUGUCUUUCCAGUGUUUCUUUCUCCUUCAAAUAUAAUGGCAAGAUCAAAGGCUCCCUCACUCCGUCCCGUGGACUAAGACAAGGUGAUCCCAUUUCUCCGUACCUUUUUCUUUUAUGUGCGGAAGCUUUUUCAACUCUUAUUUCUAAGGCGGUGAAUGAUAAGCUUCUGAGUGGGGUUCGAAUUUGUAGAGGGGCACCUAGAAUAUCUCACCUCUUUUUUGCUGAUGAUAGUAUCGUGUUUGCUAAAGAAAAUUUGCAAGAAUGCUCUAAAAUUGCUGAUAUAAUCAAUACGUAUGAAAGGGCAUCGGGUCAGAAAGUUAAUCUAAGCAAGACCGAAGUCGCGUUUAGCAAAUGUGUGUCUUUGGACCAACGAAACUUGAUUGUGGCAGCUCUUGGGGUUCGAGAGGAGAGAAUCUGGAAGAAGCUUCAAGGAUGGAAGGAAAAAUUGUUAUCUCGCCCGGGGAAGGAAGUAAUGAUAAAAGUCGUGGCUCAAGCUAUUCCCACAUACAUGAUGAAUAUUUUUAAAACCCCGGAUGGUCUUAUUGAUGAAAUCCACUCCAUUUUAGCUCGAUUUUGGUGGGGCUCGAACGGGGUGGAUAGGAAAAUGCAUUGGCAUAGUUGGGAGAAAUUAUGUCUUCCAAAGUCUAUGGGGGGAUUGGGAUUCCGUGAUUUGAAGUGCUUUAAUCAAGCUUUGCUUGCAAAGCAAUGUUGGAGGCUUUCUCAAGAAGGUAACCCCUUGCUACAUGCUAUUUUGAAGGCUCGAUAUUAUAAAAAUUCUGACUUUUUAGAGGCUCUAAGGGGCUUUGAUCCGAGUUAUAGUUGGAGAAGCAUGUGGGGGGCAAAAUCACUUCUUCUUGAUGGAUUGAAAUGGAGGGUUGGGAAUGGGGUCUCAAUUCGGGUAUGGGAGGAAUCUUGGGUUCGUGGUGAAGGACAGCUCUAUGUACCAACCCCUCUGCCAAAUCACAAUCCGGACCUUCGUGUGUGUGAGCUGAUUGAUUUUAAUGGAGGCUGCUGGGAUGUUGGGGUGUUGGAUGCUCAUUUCAAUGAGGGAGACAAGAGAGCCAUUCUUGACAUUCCUUUGUCUAGGAGGUGGCAGUGUGAUAUGAGGUAUUGGUGGCCGACCAAGGAUGGGUAUACUCGGUUAAAUCAGGGUAUUGGCUUCGUAGGCUUGGGCAUUUGCGAACGUGGGAACUCUUCCAUGGGAGUGACAACACUGAGCUCUGGAAAUAUGUAUGGAACUUGA